UCCACACAAUAUCUGUCCUCAAUACAUGAAUUUCGUCACACGAAUGAUUUUCUAGCCAAUUACGCACAAUGUGGAAAAUUUCAUACAACUACAGGAGGAAGAGUCGCAACUUGGUGGGAUUUCACUCAGGAGUGUGUCCUCUGCGCGCACCUGGAGCCGCCGGAGACAUGCAGAGGCAACAGAUUUUAACCUGUUUUCACUCUGUUUUAUGAUACUGAGCCGCUGUGUACCUGCGAUUUAUUCCUGUGAUGGGGAGAAUCACAUGGAGCUGCGGUGCCGUGAUCCUGCUGGCCAUCGUUUGGUCAUGUCGUGCCAUCACUCUGGAGUCCAUCCACUGGAGUAGCUCCAACGUAAAAUUUAGUCCAGGUCAGGGUCUGGUCCUGUAUCCUCAGAUCGGGGACAAGAUGGACAUUGUGUGUCCCCGGGCAGACGCUUCCUCGGGGGGGAAGGAGGAGUUCUACCGAGUGUACCUGGUCUCCCGAAGUCAGAUGGAGAGCUGCACCAUCGACAAGAUGGACACACCCCUGCUGAACUGUGACAAGCCUCACCAGGACGUAAAGUUCACAUUCAAGUUCCAGGAGUUCAGCCCCAACCUGUGGGGUUUGGAGUUCCUCAAGGGGAGGGACUAUUAUAUCACCUCCACCUCUACAGGUUCUCUGCAAGGUCUGGAUAAUACUAAUGGAGGAGUGUGUAGAACCAAAUCCAUGAAGCUGGUGCUGAGAGUCGGCCAAAGCUCUUCAGAUCCACCUUCAACACUCCAGGAGUCCCCCACCAGAUUCCCACCCACACGCCCAAAGUCCAAGCCCAAGGACCCCUCCGCGAAAGAAAAGGAUAUAAAAAGCAAAACUGACUUGGGCUCAGAAACGGGACAAACAAACCCCAGUGGCAGCGACGGCUCUGAGCCAGGACUGUUCAUGUGGGUUGUCUCUGGCUGUGUGAUCCUCCUUCUGGUCAUCAUAAUUCUGCUGGCCGUGCUGUGGAGGUACCAUCGCCGCCACUGUGUCCCAGAUAGCCAACAGCCUGCCUCCGUGUCCCUCAACACUUUGGCUGUGCCGAAGCGGGACAGCAUCAGCAGCGACAACAACGGCUCAGACCGCAGCGAUGUUGUCUUUCCUCUGCGGGCUUCUGACAGCAUGAUCUGUCGUCAUUAUGAGCGUGUGAGCAGUGACUACGGGCCCCCUGUGUACAUAGUUCAGGAAAUAACACCCCAGAGUCCCACCAACAUCUACUACAAAGUCUAAUCUUUGUUGCUCUAACGCCAGUCUUUUGCUGAUAAUCCUAAAUUCCAACUGUCGGGGACACACUCAGGCUGCAGUCAUUACACAACACUUCCCUCGCUUUGGUUUUAAAGUUUGUAGUUGGUGUGAAAGAACAGUCGCAUGAGCUGUAUUGCACUAACCGUAUACUUUAGACAGACAAAUGCCAAGUGUUAUCAUUGUGUCACACUGAACAAAGUGCACACAAUGUUGUUGAACCACUUUAUUUUCUUGAUAUAUUGAAGAGACAAUCAGAGAGGAAACUGAUGUGUCAUAACGUCAAGUUGUGUUCAGUUUGUUUGGAAGCGUGCAGCAAAUGCCAGUGGUGGAUUGUGACUAAGUACAUUUAUUCAAGUACUGUACUUAAGUACAAUUUUGAGGUAUCUGUACUUUACAUAAGUAUUUCCAUUUCCUGACACAUACAUCCACCACAUUUCAGAGGAAAAUAUUGUACUUUUUGCUACAUUUAUCUCGCAGCCAUAGUUACUAGUUACUUUACAAAUCAAUCAUUUUACACACAAAACUUAUGAAGAACAUGCAUUUUAAGAAAGUGAACUACCCAACAGUGUAUAAAACUUGAGUUUGAACAAUGAGUUUUUCAAGAAAAAAUGCCAAAAACAUUUCAUGGUUUCAGCUUCUCAAAGGUGAUGAUUUGCUGCUUUUCAAAACAAAGGCAUUUGAAGACUUCACUUAGAGCUCUGCUCUGGGUAAUUAUGUUGCAUUUCUCACUAUUUUUUUGCGUUUUACAAACCAAACAAUAAACGGAUAGAUCAAAAAAUCGAUCAGCAGAUUAAUCCAUAUCCAAUUUUUCUCUGCAUUGAUUUCCUUUACUUUUUAGUUUUGAUAUAUUAAGCACAUUUUCCUGAUAAUACUUACAUACUUAAGUAACAUUUUGAAUGCAGGACUUUUACUUGGAGUAUUUUAAAAGUGUGGUAUUGGCACUUUUAAGUAAAAGAACUGAAUACCUCCUCCACCACAGGCAAAUGUCAAUUUGUUUUUAGUUUUAUUUUUUCAAAGAAAAGAAAUCGCGCUGCCACUGCUCAUGGCAGCUUCAUUUGUACAGUAAAUGUGCAUUCAAUGCAAUGUAUUGAUAAAUCUGAAAAAAGAUUGAUUGCACUUCAACACACUAAAUUUCUGAGCACUUAAUUAUGAAUUUAUCACAACUGAAUUGUGUAAACUUUGUUUGAAAUGUUGUUCAGCGAAAUGAAAAUCAUCAUUUUGUGGCUUUGAUUAAAGUAAAACUAUUUCAAGGGAUUCCACACUUAAUCUUCCAGUUCCAGGCUGCUUUUAUUUAUACAUUUAAUAUUGUGUCUCCUUCUGUUUAAACAGAAUUAUUUUUAAACAGUGUUCAAUAUACAACCAGGGGGGCUGUGCGUAAAACAAAAAUGACUCAACAUGGGAAUGUUUUUGUUACUUGUUAAAAGUGUGAAAGUUUAAAAACAACUUGUCAGUCGUCACUUCUUCAGUGUCUGUCGUCUCUGCUUUCCAAAACCGACAAGAGCAACAGUGAAAGUGAUGGGCACACAGGCAGAAAAUGAAUAGAAUAAAAUGGUGAAAUGAAAGUUUGAAUCAGAAACAGCAAAUCACUCCCUCAGCUUUCCUUGUGGUUACAAAAUUACUAAGCAGCACAGUGCAUGAUGACUUCAAGCAGCACUACUAUUUGCAUACAACUAUUGUUGAGAGCAUCAUGGUCCUAUUCAGCAAUUACAGCCACUGUAUUAUAUUUAAAGGACUUUUAGACAUUUCCGUUUUUUAGCGUGAAACUAACUUUAAACUCAGCACAGUUUUCUGAAUGAUUUUGGGUGGGUAGAUGCAUCACUGAGGCACUGCUCAGAAGAGCAUGAUGACUCUUCACUACUUAAUGGUGCUCAUGGGAUAGCGACUGUCAUUCUGCAGCGAACAGAACCAUGAUGAGUUUUUCCUCAUGUCUUAUUAGCUUGAAUGGACAAAAAAUGUCAUAAUGCAAAAUACUAGUGGAAGGUUCUGGGAUAUGUUUUGUAACUUCUCCAAAUAAGAGUCAUUACUGUCAUAAUAGUAAUCUUUUACUCAUUGGGACACGAGAUCUAUACAUAAAAAUCUUCUUUUACUCUCGCUCAUGAAAAUGUUAACCAGCUGCAGUGUCAUCUUUGCAGGUCAACACAUUUAUGUAAUCGGCCUAUAAGCUAUUAAACUAUCUGUAAAGGGAA